GUUAGUCACACCAACGCGCACACACACAGGCGAACGGCUACAUUUUUUUUCGAGUGUGUUCGACAUUCAUAAUUUUUGUGGUGGAGCUGCCUGCAAAAAUCCAAUUUUAUCAAUUUGCCAACGAAGUAUUGGCCAUAGCUGCAUAUAAAGUUCACCAAUAACUUGGCGCUGUUUCGCUCUCAACGAGAAGCCACUGAUACCAACCGCGUUUCCAGUUCACCGCGUAGCAAGGAACAAGAGGAGCCAGCUUAACGAUGUCGAGCCUGCCACGUCGCAUCAUCAAGGAGACUCAGCGCUUGAUGCAGGAGCCUGUGCCCGGUAUCAAUGCCAUUCCCGAUGAGAACAAUGCCCGUUACUUCCAUGUGAUCGUGACCGGACCGAAUGAUUCGCCCUUCGAGGGCGGCGUGUUCAAGCUGGAACUCUUCCUUCCGGAGGACUAUCCCAUGUCCGCGCCCAAGGUGCGCUUCAUCACGAAGAUCUACCAUCCGAACAUCGAUCGAUUGGGCCGCAUUUGCCUCGACGUGCUGAAGGACAAGUGGAGUCCAGCGCUGCAGAUCCGCACCAUAUUGCUAUCGAUUCAGGCGCUGCUCAGUGCACCCAAUCCCGACGAUCCGCUGGCCAACGAUGUGGCCGAGUUGUGGAAGGUCAACGAGGCGGAGGCCAUUCGCAAUGCCCGCGAAUGGACCCAGAAAUAUGCCGUCGAAGACUGAACGCCCGAGGUCAGGAGGAGAGUCAGGAAGCGGAUCCGGCAGUUGUAUCGGCGAUUUUCCAGAAAGUGGGUGCGUUACAUGGACGGGCGGGUGGGGAAAUUGCAUACUUUAAAAACAGAAAAACCAGAAAAAACCUAAAGCAUACGAAAGAAAGAAAGAAAACAUAAAAUAAGAAAGCAAGAAAACAAAAAAAAACAAACGAUUUAAAAACA